AUGGAAUGUCCAAUGUGUUGGGAAUUGUAUGCACCAAUUAGAGUGGCAAGAAAUCUACUUUGUGGUCAUACUUACUGUUCUAUAUGUCUUGAAUCAAUAUACAAUGUAAAUAAGAGAAUUGAAUGUCCUCUUUGUAGAACAAAGCAUGAACCUCAUGUAAAACCAAAUUUGUUAAGCAAAAAUUAUGUUGCAAUGGAUUUAGCUUCCAAGCAUUUGGAAGUAUAGUAAAUUAAUAAGAUAAUUCUUAGAAAAAAAUUCGAAUUAUGUACAAUUCAUACAAAGCUUCCAUUAUAAUUUUUUUGUGAAGAUGAUUAAUCAAAUAUGUGUACUGAAUGUAUAGCAGAGCAUUAUGGUCAUAAGUUUUUUAAAUAUGAACAUUCUGGUAUUAAAGCAAUAUAUUGAUUAGUGUCUUUAUAAUAAAAUCGAUUAGGAAAGAUCUAAUAAAAAUUAAAAACUCAAUUUGAGAUUUUAGAAAAGUAGGUAAAAGGAUUUGGUAAUUGUAAAGAACAAUUAUAAUUAGAAAAUGUUAAAUUGGUAUUGAGAUUCAUAAUUUUUAGAUGUAAUAAUUAGAUGAGCAAUUUGAGAGAUUGAUUAAAAAGAUUGAAUAAAGAAGGUAAGAAUUGAGAGAUUAAUAAUAAAAAAUAUUUAAUACAGAAUGUGAAUAGAUAGAUUAAGAAUUAGCAUUUAAUUAAUCUUUAUUGACAAAUAUGGCAAGUUUAACAACAAAAUUAGAUUAGAAAUAAGCAGAAUUAAGUAAAUAUUAUAUAAAAAGAUUAAAUAGAGGGAGUGAAAGCAUUAAAAAAUAAUGAUGUAAUAAAGGAAAUAGAUGAUUUAGAAGAAUAAGUGGAUAGAGAUGUUGCUUAAUAAAAGUAAUUAAAAAUUAGUGAGAUAAAGAAGUUACCUAAAUUGGUAUUUGAUUAGAAAUUAAUAAAUGAAAUUUAAAAAUUUGGUUAAUUUAAAAAGGAUGUAUCUAAUCCUUUAAUAUGUUUUUUUGGGGAUAAACAUAAAAUAUUAAUAUAUAAUAUAGAAAAUAAUGAAUGGAUAUAUAAAUAAAUGCCAAAUGUAAAUUAAAUAUAAAAUAAUAGAAUACAUUAGAAUAUAAUUAUUAUGCAGCAGCUGUAAGUUUACCAAGUGGUGAUAUUAUAAUAACAGGAGGAGGAGUAAGUAAAAAUGCAAUGUUAGUAUCACCCUCAAAAGGAUUUUAAUCAUAAGCUUUAAAAAGUAUGUAUUUUCCAAGAAAAGAACAUGCAUGUGUUUAUCUCGAUGGAUUUGUCUAUGCUAUAGGAGGGUAUAUAUAUAAUAAAAUUAUAUAGAUAUGAUGGAUCUGCUAAACAAAUGUUAUCAUGCUGUGAAAAAUAUAGUUUAGUUUCAGAUGAAUGGAAAAUAAUUGAUCCUUUAUAAAAAUAAAAAUGUGCCUUUGCUGCUGCAGCUGCUAUUAAUAAAUAUAUUUAUGUGUUUGGAGGUUUUGAUGGAAGAGAAAGAUUAAAUACCAUUGAAAGAUAUUCUGUUAAAGAAAAUUAAUGGAAAGUUUUAGAUGUGAAAUUUAAACAAGGAUUCAGUAAUGCUGCUGCUAUUUCUUAUGAUGAUAAUAAAAUACUUAUUUUAGGAGGAGGGUAAAAUUAUUAUUAUUUUAUUUUUUCUUAGCUCCAAUCAAGGAUUUUCAUAUGAUUUAUAAGUUUAUGAUGUUAAUGAAUAAAUUGUUAAAACUCUUAGCAGAAUGAAUGAAGGAAGAGAUCUAAGGAAUAAAUUAGUUAUAUUUGAUAAUAAUUUAUAUGCUUGUGGUGGCAAUAAUCAAUCUAUUGAAAAAUACUCUUUAAAUCAGUAAAUAUGGAUGAAUUUAAAGUAUAUUUAUUAUUCAAUCUUUUAAGGAGUUAUGAUCAAUUAGUUCAAGAUAAUUUAGAUUCAUGGUGUAGUGCUUUAACCUUUGAAAUCAAUAGUUCUACUUCUGUUUCAAAUUUAUUGAAGCAUAAUUAAUAAAAAGUAAAACUUAUAUUAAAUUUUAGUAAUAAUAAUACUAAAAAUAUAAAUUUGAAGAAUAAGUAUCUUUUGAAAAUGAUUCAUUCAACUAAGAUGCUCAAAGUGAAGAAUUUGAAGAUUUAGAAGAUUAUGCAUAUAACUAAUAAGUUGGAGGAUUAUUUUAAUUUUGA